CGAUACCAGUGUCAAUACUGUCAAAAACGGUUCAGCCGACCAAGCUCACUUCGGAUCCACACAUACUCGCACACAGGCGAGCGACCAUUCAAAUGCUCGGAGGAGGGAUGUGGACGACAAUUCUCGGUACAGAGUAAUAUGCGUCGCCAUCUUCGUGUG